AUGUCAGCUAUCGCGCCCCUCGAGGCUGACGAUACGGAAGACACCAACUCUUUACUGAAUGGUUAUCUUAGCGACAUAGAACACACUUCCAAUGCCUCCACGUCCCUCGCCUCAAGCUUCCAAGACUAUAACUGGGAGGACCGGCGUCGCUAUCACAAGUACCGAGGAGGUCGCUAUACGGCUCCCAAAGACAAGCUCGAGCAGAACCGUGAGGACAUGAAGCAUGCAUUGGUCGUUAACAUUUGCGGGGAUGCUUUGCACAGCGUGCCGUUGGAGCAUCCGCAGAAUAUUAUCGAAAUAAGUGUUUUGGCUGUAAAGAGCGAGUAUUACCUGAUAGUCUAUCACUGA